ACCUCCGCAGUCCGGCCGCGCCUCCCGGGCCCCGCGUUAGGGCCGCCGCUGCCUCCCUUGCCGCCGCUGCCAGCUGACCUGUCCUGGACGCAGCAUAACUAACGAAGCUGCUGCAGGAUGAGAAGAUGGCAGCGCGGCUGCUCGCACCACCAGGCCCUGAUAGUUUCAAGCCUUUCACCCCUGAGUCACUGGCAAACAUUGAGAGGCGCAUUGCCGAGAGCAAGCUCAAGAAACCGCCAAAGGCCGAUGGCAGUCAUCGGGAAGAUGAUGAGGACAGCAAGCCCAAGCCAAACAGUGACCUGGAAGCAGGGAAGAGUUUGCCUUUCAUCUAUGGGGACAUCCCACAAGGCCUGGUUGCGGUUCCCCUGGAGGACUUUGACCCAUACUAUUUGACGCAGAAAACCUUUGUAGUAUUAAACAGAGGGAAAACUCUCUUCAGAUUUAGUGCCACGCCUGCCUUGUACAUUUUAAGUCCUUUUAACCUGAUAAGAAGAAUAGCUAUUAAAAUUUUGAUACAUUCAGUAUUUAGCAUGAUCAUUAUGUGCACUAUUUUGACCAACUGUGUAUUCAUGACUUUUAGUAACCCUCCUGACUGGUCGAAGAAUGUGGAGUACACGUUCACAGGGAUUUAUACAUUUGAAUCACUAGUGAAAAUCAUUGCAAGAGGUUUCUGCAUAGAUGGCUUUACCUUUUUACGGGAUCCGUGGAACUGGUUAGAUUUCAGUGUCAUCAUGAUGGCAUAUGUGACAGAGUUUGUGGACCUGGGCAAUGUCUCAGCGCUGAGAACAUUCAGGGUUCUGCGAGCUUUGAAAACUAUCUCUGUAAUUCCAGGCCUGAAGACCAUUGUGGGCGCCCUAAUUCAGUCCGUGAAGAAGCUGUCGGAUGUGAUGAUCCUGACAGUGUUCUGCCUGAGUGUCUUUGCCUUGAUCGGACUGCAGCUCUUCAUGGGAAACCUGCGAAACAAGUGUGUGGUGUGGCCCAUAAACUUCAACGAGAGCUAUCUUGAAAAUGGCACCAAGGGCUUUGACUGGGAAGAGUACAUCAACAAUAAAACAAAUUUUUACACAGUUCCUGGCAUGCUGGAACCUUUACUCUGUGGGAACAGUUCUGAUGCUGGGCAAUGCCCAGAGGGAUACCAGUGUAUGAAAGCAGGAAGGAACCCCAACUAUGGUUACACAAGCUUUGACACUUUUAGCUGGGCCUUCUUGGCAUUGUUUCGCCUUAUGACCCAGGACUACUGGGAAAACUUGUAUCAAUUAACCUUAAGAGCCGCUGGGAAAACGUACAUGAUCUUCUUCGUCUUGGUCAUCUUUGUGGGUUCUUUCUAUCUGGUGAACUUGAUCUUGGCUGUGGUGGCCAUGGCUUAUGAAGAGCAGAACCAGGCAACGCUGGAGGAAGCAGAGCAGAAAGAGGCUGAAUUCAAAGCAAUGUUGGAGCAACUUAAGAAGCAACAGGAAGAGGCACAGGCGGCGGCGAUGGCCACUUCAGCAGGAACUGUCUCAGAAGAUGCCAUAGAGGAAGAAGGUGAAGAAGGGGCAGGCUCUCCCCGGAGCUCAUCUGAAAUCUCUAAGCUCAGUUCCAAGAGUGCCAAAGAGAGACGUAACAGGAGAAAGAAGAGGAAACAAAAGGAGCUCUCCGAAGGAGAAGAGAAAGGGGAUCCCGAGAAGGUAUUCAAGUCAGAGUCAGAAGAUGGUAUGAGGAGGAAGGGCUUUCGGCUACCAGACAACAGAAUUGGGAGGAAAUUUUCCAUCAUGAAUCAGUCACUGCUCAGCAUUCCGGGCUCCCCAUUCCUGUCCCGCCACAACAGCAAAAGCAGCAUCUUCAGCUUCAGGGGGCCCGGGCGGUUCCGGGACCCGGGCUCCGAGAACGAGUUUGCGGACGACGAGCACAGCACGGUGGAGGAGAGCGAGGGCCGCCGGGACUCGCUCUUCAUCCCCAUCCGAGCCCGCGAGCGCCGCAGCAGCUACAGCGGCUACAGCGGCUACAGCCAGGGCAGCCGCUCCUCGCGCAUCUUCCCCAGCCUGCGGCGCAGCGUCAAGCGCAACAGCACGGUGGACUGCAACGGUGUGGUGUCCCUCAUCGGCGGCCCCGGCUCCCACAUCAGCGGGCGUCUCCUGCCAGAGGUGAAAAUAGAUAAGGCAGCUCCUGAUGACAGUGCUACAACCGAGGUGGAAAUUAAGAAGAAAGGCCCUGGAUCUCUCUUAGUUUCCAUGGACCAAUUGGCCUCUUAUGGGCGGAAGGACAGGAUCAACAGUAUAUUGAGUGUUGUUACAAAUACACUGGUAGAAGAGCUGGAAGAGUCUCAGAGAAAGUGCCCGCCGUGCUGGUAUAAAUUUGCCAACACUUUCCUCAUCUGGGAGUGUCACCCCUACUGGAUAAAGCUGAAAGAGAUUGUAAACUUGAUCGUUAUGGACCCUUUUGUGGACUUGGCCAUCACCAUCUGCAUUGUCCUGAAUACACUGUUUAUGGCAAUGGAGCACCAUCCUAUGACGCCACAGUUUGAACACGUCUUGACUGUAGGAAAUCUGGUUUUCACUGGAAUUUUCACAGCGGAAAUGUUCCUGAAGCUCAUAGCCAUGGAUCCCUACUAUUAUUUCCAAGAAGGUUGGAACAUUUUUGAUGGAUUUAUUGUCUCCCUCAGUUUAAUGGAACUGAGUCUAGCAGACGUGGAGGGGCUUUCGGUGCUGCGAUCUUUCCGAUUGCUCCGAGUCUUCAAACUGGCCAAAUCCUGGCCCACCCUGAACAUGCUGAUCAAGAUUAUUGGAAAUUCAGUGGGUGCCCUGGGCAACCUGACCCUGGUGCUGGCCAUUAUUGUUUUCAUCUUUGCCGUGGUGGGAAUGCAACUCUUUGGAAAGAGCUACAAAGAGUGUGUCUGCAAGAUCAACCAGGACUGUGAACUCCCUCGCUGGCACAUGCAUGACUUUUUUCAUUCUUUCCUCAUUGUCUUUCGAGUGUUGUGCGGGGAGUGGAUCGAGACUAUGUGGGACUGCAUGGAGGUGGCCGGCCAGGCCAUGUGCCUCAUUGUCUUCAUGAUGGUCAUGGUUAUUGGCAACUUGGUGGUGCUGAACCUGUUUCUGGCCUUGCUCCUGAGCUCCUUCAGUGCUGACAACUUGGCAGCCACAGAUGACGACGGGGAAAUGAACAACCUACAAAUCUCAGUAAUCCGGAUCAAGAAGGGCGUGGCUUGGAUCAAACGGAAAGUGCACGCCUUCAUGCAGGCCCACUUCAAGCAGCGCGAGGCCGAUGAAGUGAAACCUCUGGAUGAGCUGUACGAAAAGAAGGCCAACUGUAUCGCCAACCACACUGGCGCCGACAUCCACCGGAACGGUGACUUCCAGAAGAAUGGCAAUGGCACAACCAGCGGCAUUGGCAGCAGCGUGGAGAAGUACAUCAUUGAUGAGGACCACAUGUCCUUCAUCAACAAUCCCAACCUGACCGUGAGAGUGCCCAUCGCGGUAGGCGAGUCUGAUUUUGAGAACCUCAACACCGAGGACGUUAGCAGCGAGUCGGAUCCUGAAGGCAGCAAAGAUAAACUGGAUGACACUAGCUCCUCUGAAGGCAGCACCAUUGAUAUCAAACCAGAAGUAGAAGAAGUCCCUGUGGAUCAGCCUGAGGAAUACUUGGAUCCAGAUGCCUGUUUCACAGAAGGUUGUGUCCAGAGGUUCAAGUGCUGCCAGGUCAACAUUGAGGAAGGGCUGGGCAAGUCUUGGUGGAUCCUGCGGAAAACCUGCUUUCUCAUUGUGGAGCACAAUUGGUUUGAGACCUUCAUCAUCUUCAUGAUUCUGCUCAGCAGUGGCGCCCUGGCCUUCGAGGACAUCUACAUUGAGCAGAGAAAGACCAUUCGUACCAUCCUGGAGUACGCUGACAAAGUCUUCACCUAUAUCUUCAUCCUGGAGAUGUUGCUCAAGUGGAUAGCCUAUGGCUUCGUCAAGUUCUUCACCAAUGCCUGGUGCUGGCUGGACUUCCUCAUCGUGGCUGUCUCUUUAGUCAGCCUUAUAGCUAAUGCCCUGGGCUACUCGGAACUAGGUGCCAUAAAGUCCCUUAGGACCCUAAGAGCUUUGAGACCCUUAAGAGCCUUAUCACGAUUUGAAGGGAUGAGGGUGGUGGUGAAUGCCUUGGUGGGCGCCAUCCCCUCCAUCAUGAAUGUGCUGCUGGUGUGUCUCAUCUUCUGGCUGAUUUUCAGCAUCAUGGGCGUUAACCUGUUUGCUGGAAAGUACCACUACUGCUUUAAUGAGUCUUCUGAAAUCCGAUUUGAAAUUGAAGAUGUCAACAAUAAAACUGAGUGUGAAAAGCUCAUGGAGGGGAACAAUACAGAAAUCAGAUGGAAGAACGUGAAGAUCAACUUUGACAACGUCGGGGCAGGAUAUCUGGCGCUUCUUCAAGUGGCAACCUUCAAAGGCUGGAUGGACAUCAUGUAUGCAGCUGUAGAUUCCCGAAAGCCUGAUGAGCAGCCUAAGUAUGAGGACAACAUCUACAUGUACAUCUACUUUGUCAUCUUCAUCAUCUUCGGCUCCUUCUUCACCCUGAACCUGUUCAUUGGUGUCAUCAUUGAUAACUUCAAUCAACAAAAGAAAAAGUUUGGAGGUCAAGACAUCUUCAUGACCGAAGAACAGAAGAAGUACUACAAUGCCAUGAAAAAGCUGGGCUCAAAGAAACCGCAGAAACCCAUCCCCCGCCCCCUGAACAAAAUCCAAGGUAUCGUCUUUGAUUUUGUCACUCAGCAAGCCUUUGACAUCGUUAUCAUGAUGCUCAUCUGCCUUAACAUGGUGACCAUGAUGGUGGAGACAGACACUCAGAGCAAGCAGAUGGAGAACAUUCUCUACUGGAUUAACCUGGUCUUUGUCAUCUUCUUCACCUGUGAGUGUGUGCUCAAAAUGUUUGCCUUGAGGCACUACUACUUCACCAUUGGCUGGAACAUCUUCGACUUCGUGGUGGUCAUCCUCUCCAUUGUGGGAAUGUUCCUGGCUGAUAUAAUUGAGAAGUACUUUGUUUCCCCAACCCUAUUCCGAGUCAUCCGAUUGGCCCGCAUUGGGCGCAUCUUGCGUCUGAUCAAAGGUGCCAAAGGGAUUCGUACCCUGCUCUUUGCCUUAAUGAUGUCCUUGCCUGCUCUGUUCAACAUCGGCCUUCUGCUUUUCCUGGUCAUGUUCAUCUUCUCCAUCUUUGGGAUGUCCAAUUUUGCGUAUGUAAAGCACGAGGCCGGCAUUGAUGACAUGUUCAACUUUGAGACAUUUGGCAACAGCAUGAUCUGCCUAUUUCAGAUCACAACCUCGGCCGGUUGGGAUGGCCUGCUGCUGCCCAUCCUAAACCGCCCCCCCGACUGCAGUCUGGAUAAGGAACACCCAGGGAGUGGCUUUAAAGGAGACUGCGGGAACCCCUCAGUGGGCAUCUUCUUCUUCGUGAGCUACAUCAUCAUCUCCUUCCUGAUCGUGGUGAACAUGUACAUUGCCAUCAUCUUGGAGAACUUCAGCGUAGCCACGGAGGAGAGUGCAGACCCUCUGAGCGAGGAUGACUUUGAGACCUUCUAUGAGAUCUGGGAGAAGUUCGACCCCGAUGCCACCCAGUUCAUCGAGUACAGUAAGCUGGCAGACUUCGCAGAUGCCUUGGAGCAUCCUCUCCGAGUGCCCAAGCCCAACACCAUAGAGCUCAUUGCCAUGGAUCUGCCAAUGGUCAGCGGGGAUCGCAUCCACUGCUUGGACAUCCUUUUUGCCUUCACCAAGCGGGUCCUGGGAGAUAGCGGAGAGUUGGACAUCCUUCGGCAGCAGAUGGAGGAGAGGUUCGUGGCAUCCAAUCCUUCCAAAAUGUCUUACGAGCCAAUCACGACCACGCUGCGGCGCAAGCAGGAAGAGGUGUCGGCAGUGGUCCUGCAGCGCGCCUACCGGGGACAUUUAGCAAGGCGGGGCUUCAUUUGCAAAAAGACAACUUCCAAUAAGCUGGAGAAUGGAGGCACCCACCGGGAGAAAAAAGAGAGCACCCCAUCUACAGCCUCCCUCCCAUCCUAUGACAGUGUAACUAAACCCGAGAAGGAGAAACAGCAACGGGCAGAGGAAGGAAGAAGGGAAAGAGCCAAAAGACAAAAAGAGGUCAGAGAAUCCAAGUGUUAGAGGAGAGCAAAAAUUAAACACUGUACAGAUUUAAAACUUGCAAGUGAAAGAUUGUUUACAAACAACUUCCUGAAUAUUAUCAAUGCAGAACAGCUGUGGAGACACUUUAACCCGAAGAUCUAUACCAAACGUAGUGUGCUUACCGUGUAACACGGUUGCAUCUUGAGCAGUGACCUGCCAAGGGCAAAGGACCCUGCUCCCUGGACUCACAGAUUUUCUAAUGCUUGGGCAGGUGGUUACUGCAUGUUCCACAUCAGUCAAUGCAACUUAGGACAAAACUAACAGGAUACAAAAACAGAGGCGAGGCUGCCGGGACCAGUGUAUUUCCAUUGCAGCCAAAUGGAUUUUAUUUUUUCAUUCUGUUGAUUCUCAGAAGCAGAAAGCAUCGAUUUAAAAGUUUGUUUGUUCAUGCAAACUCUAUUUGCAUUCUUACAUUAGUUAGGCUAAGCAGCAAAAAGAAAAAACACACACACUCACAUUUAGCCCAUGUCAUUUAAUUGUCAGUUUCUUUGACAUAAGCCGCAUCUUCUCCACAUGGGCUUCACGUGGUUUGGAGAUGGGUGGGGGAAAACAAUCAGGUUUCUUCAGGCUGAGGAGGACUUGCUCAGGCCAAUUCCAAACAUUGUGCUCGUUCAAUGCGUAGAAAUGAUUGAUUUGCAUGAUGGCAUGCUGUGAUCAGAAGUCAUGCAUGAGAACCAUACCACAGGACGCUACUAAUCCUGUCCCCUGCACUGGGUCAGCCUUUGGACAGGACCCAGCCCUGCACCGUUCACUGUAUUUGGAGGAAAAAAAUGGUAAGCGUUCCAUACCCGCUGCAAUUCUUUCUGAAUUCUUAGAAGUCUUUCGUACACCUUCCGGGUAGGGAAACAUAACCAACCAAUUGACUACCACCACCAACAAAAAACAAACGCAGUCCAACAAGCAGCUGGAUCCGUUGUGUGUAUAUGUUUAACAGACAUCUCUAACAUAAGCCAUUGUUGCACAUUAUGAAAGAUGAACUAUUUAAUGCUGCUCUGUGUCCCAUACACGGGGAGAUUGUGAUCUCGAAUGGCUUGUGUUAACAUCACUGUAAAACCAAAUCCUAGGGCUAAAAA